UUGUUAUCGGCGAACCCUUUUGCUCCGGAAAUCGCUAAUCGUACGCUAAUAUUCCACUAUCGUUCAGUGAUUCGAAUACUGUUCAAAUACACUUUCUACCUUGGUGUUCUCGCAUUUCUUGCCUCUACCGUUGCAAUUCUUCUAAAUUGUGCUGAUGGUGCGAAAACAAUCAAGGGUAGCAAGCCUCUUUGUGCGGAUUUGACAAAGUUGUCUGAGUUUAAACGCCCGUCUCCUCUGUUCCUGACUAACGCUCGAAACACGUAUGGCACCGUUGUUCAUGGAUACUGGGGACGAGUACAACCGUCUAUCCAUGCUUUACAGAAGAAAUGGAACGAAUAUUAUCGGGAAUUUGUCAAGUCAGACAUCGGCAUUGCAUUUGACAGAUAUUAUCACAAGGUACACGGUUUCAUUGUGGAUAGCUCCUUGAAAACGGUGCGGUUUUUGGAAGCCAAGCGAAGGGAAAUCGAAAAGUGGUGGGAGAAAGAUGGUCGCGCUCGAUUUGGCAGCUUUGUUGAUACACUCAAGGUCACGGCUGGCGUUGUCUACGAAAUAGCGAAGGAUAUCGUACAAAUUGCCAUAGAUAAUGCUGUAAAUCAAUUAUGCAUGGCUUAA